UGUCCUUCAUGGUUGUACUGUGGGAAACCCUGUCUUGGAAAGAUUCAUAGCCCUGUUCAAUGGUGUUUCUCAGUGGAUCCAGCUUAUGGUGCUGAGCAAACCUACUCCACAACAAAGGGCAGCUGUCAUUAAGCAAUUUGUAGAAGUAGCAGAGAAACUUCUAGAGUUGCAAAACUUUAACACCCUCAUGUCUGUUGUUGGUGGCCUCAGUCAUAGCUCUAUCUCUCGCUUAAAAGAAACACAGUCCCAUGUUGGUGCAGAGACCUCUAAGGUCUAUGAUUCACUUUUGGAGCUCCUUACAUCUUCGGAUAACUACGCAAGAUACAGGCGCAGGUUUGCAUUUUGUGAAGGCUUCCGGUUUCCAGCCCUGGGAGUCCACCUAAAAGACCUCAUGGCUCUGCAUGUGGCCCUGUCUGACUGGUCUGAUAAAGCCAGAGGUGUCAUAAAUAUCUCCAAGAUGCGCCAGGUCUAUAAAGUUGUUCAUGAACUGACAGAAGCCCAGAGACUUGAACCUUCAGUGAAAGCCAACCCUGACUUACUAAACUUGUUAACGGUAUCCCUGGACCAAUAUCGAUCAGAGGAAGAGAUAUACCAACUAUCUUUGCAAAGAGAACCAAGGACACGGUCAUCGAAGCAAACCACCAUCAAGUUACCUGCAUCCUCUUCACCUCCUAUGGAAGAAUGGGCUUUGGUCAAAGCAAAACCUGAUCAGGCUUUGCUAUGUCAACACAUAGAGAAAAUGGUGGAGUCUGUGUUUAGACUUUUUGACGAAGAUGGUGAUGGUCACAUCUCGCAGGAGGAGUUUCAAGCUGUUCGCAGUAACUUCCCUUACCUCUGUGCAUUCGAUGAGAUAGAUCAAAAUCAGGAUGGAAAAAUCAGCAAGCAGGAGAUGAUGUCAUAUUUUUUAAGAGCCAGCUCCGUGUUGGAUUGUAAAAUGGGAUUUGUCCACAACUUUUCAGAAAGGACCUUCCUGCGCCCUGUAUCUUGUCAACAUUGUGGAAAUCUGAUACUUGGAAUUUAUAAGAAGGGACUAAAGUGUCGAGCAUGUGGUGUAGCCUGUCACAAGCAUUGCAAGGAUCGACUCUCUGUGGAAUGCAAGAAAAGAUCUAAAAGUGUCAGCGAAAGACGAGAAAGUUCCCAGCCACCACAUCAUUUUUCUUUGACACUGCCAAGAUCCUUUAAGAGAUCAGCAUUACCACCAGAGGUAAAAGAAGAGGAUCCGCAAGUGGAGGAAGAUGGUGUGUUUGAUGAUCGUUUAUAACUAGCAUGGUGAGUAAAUGAGG